AUGUACUAUUCUUCCCACACUCACAUCUUCGCCCAAUAUCUUUCACCCUCUCUUUCCCUCCAACAAUCCCCUCUCUACAGGCCCCUCGUCGAGUCUGAGAGAGAGAGCUACGAGAAGCGAGACACCCUCUUCUUUCUUCUCAUCUCCCCUUUUGCUUCCCCCCUUCUCCUCCCCCGUAGUUGCGUUUUCGAAUACCCUCAAUUGUUGUUCGCGGUUCAUUCCUUUGGCCUACUGCCCCCUCCGCCCUAUCUCCGUCGCCGUCGCCGUCGCCGCCGCCGCCGCCGCCGCCGUCUCCUGUCUCCCGUCACUCGCAAUAUGAACAAACUGGCAAACAUGCGUCACUGGUCCGAGAGGAUGAGCCCCAACUUCGGAAUGGGUCGUCCCAACAUGCCCAUGAACCCCAUGAACCCGAGAAGAGAUACGGCUCCCCAGCAGGCUGCUUCGAUAAGCUCGCCUCAGCCUCUCGACGCCCCGACGCCAAUCAUUCACUACUCGUUCAACGUGCCCUUCGCCUCCGACCUGGCUGGCCCCAACACCGAGGACAUCCUCCACGCGACUGCCGAUGCCGUUCUACGAUGGACACACCCCGAAGACGCGCCCGAUGACGUCCAGGUUCACGAGCUGCCCGUUCACACCCAAAACCUUGCCAACCUUCGCAAGGUCUGCAAGGACAUCACCAACGGUCCUUUUCAGAUCGAGGCUCACGUUAUCUCGACGACGCCCAAAAAUGCAAAGGGACAACAGGUCACGACCGUAUGUCUAUCGGGUACCCCGGAAAUGGUUCACAAGAGCAGGGAGACGAUUUUGAACGACAACCAAACUGUCAUGCGUUGUACGACUGUUGACGUAGAGGGACACCUCGUCUGUGAUCUGACUGCGGGCGCUUUGAAACAGCAAGUGACCGAUACUCUCGACUACAUUUCGAAGUACUGUGGCGUCGACAUUUUCCUCCUUGGCCCCAAGCUCACUCCCGUGGUCGACGGCAUGACGGGUGAUGCCGAGAUGCGUGUAGACCAGAGAUGGCGAGUGGCCAUUUAUGGUGAUAUCCUCUCUGUCGAGCAUGCCAAGGCCCGCGUACUCAUUCAGAUCGACACUCUGCUUGGCCGAGUUGUUGAUGCCACUAAGCUUGACUUGUCGAUCCACCAGCUCGUGUGCGGCCGCCAUAGGAAGAAUAUCAAGCUCAUCGAGUCGUCGACCGGCACUGCCAUCUACUUCCCGCCGCCCUUCUCCCAGAUGUACCGAUACUGCCCGCCUGGCGCAAGCCGCCGAGACCCUACAGACAUAUUCAUCACUGGAGAGAGUCCCCAAGCCAUUGAACUUGCCAAGCAGAAGCUCCAUGAGACUGUCUCGCGUAUCCGCCUCUACAUGAAGGAUGUCACUAUUGCGCCUGCCAAGAUUGACAGUGUUCUUCUGACACGCCUGGACAAAGUCCGCAAAAUUCUUGAGGCGAAUGGCACCUACAUUCUGUUCCCUCCUCUUGCCGGCCAACGCAAUAUGGUUCGAGUUCAGGGAAGCGAAGGACUCCAUGUUGAACGCACAGUCCGCGAGAUCAUGGCUUUGGCCGGUCAGUUCUACAGCGCAGCCUGGUGGAUUCAACAACCCGACAGCCGACAGCUUCCCAACCCCGCUGACGUCAGAACCAUGCUCGGUGAUGUUUGUGCGAACUCAGACGCGGACUUGUCUUUCGACAAGAUGAACUUUUCCAUCACUGGCUCUGACGAUGCCGUGAAGUCUGCUUUGAUGGUCAUGUCCGAGAUCAAGUUCCUCGUCCAGUCCCAGUACCAGAUCAGAGUCAAGAUUGAGCUUGCCAAUGAGCACAAGGAGUUUGUGAGCGGCAAGAAGAACGGAAAGAUCAACAAAAUUAUGGGCCAGAGCAGCGUCCAGAUCAUUUUCGACGGCUUCAACGAGUACAAUUUCAAUAUUGAUGUCAUGGCCGCAAGUUACGACUCGAUGAAGCAAGGACUUACCCUUGUUGAACAAGAGAUGCCUGCUUCCAUCUCGUUCCACGUCCCCGAUCAGUAUCACAAACGAAUUAUUGGCAUCGGUGGACAGCACAUCCAGCGGAUUAUGAAGAAACACUCCGUUUUUGUCAAGUUCUCCAACGCCAUGGACCGUGGAGGCAUGGGUCGCGAAGAUGACGAUGUCAAGGUUGACAAUGUCAUCUGUCGUACGCCCGCCAGAAACGCCCAGAAUCUCGAUGCCGUCAAGAACGAGAUUCUGGAAAUGGUCGACAGGGCUGAUUCUGAGUACACCUCCCAGAUUGUUAACGUCGACCGCCUGUACCACCGCCAACUCCUCGCUCGCCUCAACGAGAUUGACGAGCUUGAGGGGAAGUACAACUGCAAGAUUGUCUUCCCCAGUACCGAGCAGGCCAGCGAUGAAGUCACUGUGACUGGUCCGCAGUGGCAGGUGCCUCAUUGCGUGGAUGAGUUCUUGGGCAUGGUUCCUGACAACCACGAGUUGGUUCUCACUCGUACCCCCGAGUUGAUCAAGUUCCUCGAAUCCCCGAGCUUCGCUCACGACCUUGUUCCCAAGCUGAAGACCCAGUACGAGGUUGAGGUCACGGUCCACCAAGAUGCCGACUCCGAAGAGGGCUUGCCGGCUCUUGCCCUGCGCUGGACGUUCACUCGUAACAAUGCCGGCGGCCUGCGAGACGCAAUCGACUUUUUGCUCGCUCAGUUUGCCACUGCCGGUGUAGAAGUCACCAUCUUGAAGGGCUCCAUCCCCCGACCCAAGUCCGAUUCGUUUGAGGACUCGCUCCAGUACUUCGAUUCGAAGCUUCUCCAGCAUGCACCAGCUACGAUCGCCGCCGAUUCUCCCACUAAGGCCGCCUUUGAGGGCGAGGUUGCUCGCGAGAGAAGCACCAUCUUUGACCGCCUCCGUAAGCCUGGCAGCAUGACCUCCAUUUCGUCCUUCCUUGAUCGCCGAAAGAACAGCUCCCACUCGACCAACGGCAACUUCUUCAAGGGAUCCAGCAAUGUUUCAAAGUCUUCCCUCAUUUCAAUCGAGUCCACCCGCAGCUUCAAUGCGGACAGAAACCCCUGGAACGAUAGCGGCGUCAAUCUUCCAGACGACGACAACCCUUGGGCCCACCGCCCUCUUGGGAAUGGUUCCGACAAGCUGACCAUUCCCUUACCCGGUGACGUUACGCCUCGUCACAGCACCCGAGCGUCCGGCGACAGCGGACGCCCUUCUACGUCUCAUUCUACGAAUUCUGGAUACCCCGGUCCCAUCGGACCUUUCCGUUAGAUUCCCGUCUUAGAAACUCUACGUGCAAAAUACCCCGGCUGGAUAUACCCUGGCGUACAAUACCCCCGGAACGUUGCUUCCAAUGCAUCGGUCGGCCGAAGUUAUUGUUUUGCUUGCCUUGCUGUUACUGUUACUGUUACCUUGCUUUUGUUGUUUUCAGUCUGCUUUGAUUUUAUCUCUCCAGUCUUUCGGGUCUUUCAAUGGUUCUCUGUCGCACGAUUUCACGUCCACUCUUUAUACCCCCGAUGUCGAAAGACGGAGGACAAAAAAGAAAAGAUACCUUGUUUGCGGUUUGGUUUUGAUUGUUUUCAUACUAACAGCGCUUCUGGUGGUCACGGUCAUCGGGAGACAUGAAAAAGAAGAAGGUCGAAGAGGGACAUGCGGUUCCGCUCACCGCCUCGAUUUUAGCGUUUCAAUAGUCGGUUCUUGCGGCUCAUGGGUCUAGUCGACCUGUUGCUCUUCUCAAUGUCUACUGACGGCGUUUCCAAGACUUGUUUACACAUAAAAAGUCUUCGGCCGAGCUGAGGUGUCAACUUGGAGGAAAGAUGUGAAGACCAAAAGUGCAUUGUCUUGAAAACUGGUUGGCCCGGCGAAGCUGGCAGGCGGCGAACGGGAAAGAUUGACAUGGAGGCAGGCCAGCGUUGACGUAAGAUUCAGCGACUGAUUGAACUGCGAGCGGGGAUUCGGACGGAGCUUUACUUGGUACCUAUACACCUUUUAGGUUGGCCUUGACAUGCAAUGAUACCC